AGAUUUUUGUAAUAAUAUUUUUAGAAAACUCAUAUUUAAGUAAAAAUUAAUUCAAUAACUUUAAUUUUAUGAAUUAAUUUUCUUUGUCGUAUAGAAAAUUGAAAAUAUUUACAAACGAAAAAUUGAAAUUCGACGUGGAUAAUUUUUUUUUCUCUUUUUCGAAAGAUUUUGACAGUUAUGUUGUAUGUUGAUAUAACAUAAAUCACUAUAUCCAUGAAUCUGAUCGAACUGACUUUGUUGUUUCUGAUAACCAGCUUAGUUUGCAGUAAAGACCAUGGCCAUAAACAAAACACUAAACUACACAAGAAGAGAGUUGCUCAAUCUUUAAAUGAACCUGAAUUACGCCGUACAAAACGUCUUCUAUAUCAAAGUUUACUGAAUAUUAAAUCAAAAAGGGAAGUUGGUAUAGACAUUGAUGAAAGAACAACUGUGAGUACAAGUCCAAAUGGAAACCGACCAUAUGUUAAAAAACAAGUUCAGGAAGUUCGAGCUGAAAUUAAACUUAUUCACCCUUGGCGAGUUGAAUUAUCAAACAAAACAAGUCCAGAAUACAUGCUGAUUGUGGGAAAUCUUAUUGAUGCAAUCAAUAAUGAGUUUGUUGCAAACUAUCAUUUUCUUUCAAGUGCUGUUAGUAAUCUUAGGCCAACUGCUGUUUCUAAUGAAAUUUUAGCUGUAAUAGCUAUACGGUUUUUUAAAACUGAAAUUGACCCAAUAUUUCAUCUUCAUGGAAUUAUUAGUAGGGGAUGGAUUUCAAAUCAGCAAGUUGAUCCUAAGUAUUUCAAAGUUUUAGAAUGGAUUAAUGGAAAUAAUGCAAACAAGACUCCUCACACUUCAACUGCACUUAAACUUCGGUUGCUACCUGCGCUAAUUAUUCCUGAAAAUAAGUCAGUGGUUCAUCAGAGAUUUCCAAAGAAGAUUAAUGUUACAUCAUAUAUAGAAGUUCACAUUUCAAUCAAACUCAAGCAACAUUUUGUUAUGUUUUUGGAGCAAAAUAAUUCACCAGAGUUUGUUGAACUUAGCGGAAACAUAGAAUAUGCAAUAUCAAAAAUCUUUACAUACGAUUCCUUUUACAUUGAUGCUCAUGUUAUUGAGUUUAGAGAAAGUGAGGAAGGACUGGUAAUUGUUGAAUGUAUAAUUCAGUUUAAACUUGAAGAAAGACAUGCAAUUGAAAAAUGCGAGGCCAUGAUUGCAGGUGGUGAUUUGGAUGGAAUGCCUGUUGAUAACAGAUAUUUUAAGAUAAUAGGUAUAUCAGAAAAAGGAAUUAAAAUAAAAGCAAAUCAUACAUUUGAUAUUAUGCAAUCAUCACCAACAAAGUCUCCAAAAAAUGUUCAAAAUAAUACAUUACUAUUGCCUUUAGUAAAUCUUUAUAAAGAUUUUGAAGCAUCUAUUCUUUCAAGUAUUGGUUCAUCUAAUGAUAAUGUUUCAAGUCCAUCUAUUCAAGUUGUAACUCCUCCAUCAAUUUCAUUAAAAGAGUCCAGCAAACCCCCUCUUUUAUUUUCUCAAAAGAUAGCAUCGCCACCAUUAACUGCAUCAAAAUCUGUAAAUCAGCCUAAUGCAAUAUUGCCUUUAUCACAAUCCUCUAUUAAUUCAACAUCAAUGCCUUCCUAUACUAAUUACACAGAUAUUCCUUUUUCAACGUCAAAUAAUUUGUUAUCAUUAAAACAUUCAAAGAAGUUAAAACCACUUCGAUAUAAAGAAGUCCGAUUAUCUAUUAAAAUGGAGCAGCCUUGGAACAAGUCAUUUAGCUUUAACAAUACAAAGGAGUAUAUUGUUUAUAGCGCAACAAUUGAAGAAGCUGUUGACAGGGCACUGAUGGAAGAUGACACUUAUAUUGAUGCAACUGUGCUAGAUUUUUUGAAAGGUGAUGACGAUAAAACCAUCGUCAAUCUAGCUGUGCGAUUCCAUCUUCAAGAACCUUAUCCUCAACAGAAACUUAAAAAUAUCAUAGGGCAAGGAACGCUGAGUGGAUUUCCAGUAGAUAAAAACUUUUUCUAUGUGUUUUCUUUGAGCGAAACAGUACAACCACCCCCAGGACCCAAGCCCUCAGGUGUUUCUGGUGUCAGUAAUGAACAAUAUGGACAAAAGCAACAAGCACAUUCUCAAGACAUUUAUUUACAGGAUGUAAAGCCUUUGUUUUUAUCAACUACUUCAUCUCCUCCAAGCAAUUUUGUUGUUACUAGUAAACAUUACUUUACAGAAGCAUCAACAUUUAAUCCUUAUUUACCAAAAACAAAUGAAAAUAAAGUUACUUACAAUCCAUUUUUGCCUCUUCAGACAAAUGCAUCCUCAUUGCAACCAGGUCAACAGACAAAUACAUCCCCAUCUGAAACCGAACUGUAUAAAUUGAAUGGAAACCCUACUCAGCCAUCAGUUUAUUUAAGUAAUGGUUCUCAGAGUGUUUUAUAUAAAUAUUUAUCAACUGAAUCAAAUAGUUAUUUGUUACCCACUGAAGUACCACAAGAGGCAAAUGAAAUUGAAGGUUUUAUGACAUUGCAACAGAGUUGGCAGCCGAGCUUGGGUGAUAAAAAUAGUCAAUUGUACAGAUAUCUUGAAAGUUCUAUUGUUUCUUCGGUCAAAGAAAUUUACUCUAAAUCUAGUGAAUUUGUUAGUCCAAAUGUCAUUGGUUUCAGUGAAGCAGAUAUUCCAUCUUCAUAUGAUUUAGCUUUAACAGAAAAAAAAGUUGGAGUUAGGUUCAAGAUAAAGUUUAUGGCUGGUCAUAAAGCACUUUCUGAGCCAUUAGAGCAUGCUGUUUUAGCAAAUAACUUAACUGGAAUUCUAGUACAAGAAAACUCUCUUGUACUUGUUGCAUCAUCCUCAUCAACUCAAAACAUUAAUGGAACUUUGAGUGGUGGAACCCAUUUAACAAUUUGUCAGCAACAGCAACUAAUUGCAGAAUCAUCAUCUGGAGUUACGGUUGGAGGAUUUAUUCCUCAAUGCUUGUCAGAUGGAAAUUAUAAAACUGUUCAGUGUCAUGCUCUUACAGGGUUUUGUUGGUGUGUUAAUAAUGAUGGGGUCCGCAUUCAAGGAACAGAGGAAAGAUAUAAAGAACCUAAUUGUUCAGGUCUUAGAAUAUCUGGAAACCUUAUCCUUCCUGAGGAUGCUCCAACCACUCUUCCGUCUGGAUCAUGUAUUACUCUUUUUAUCCAAGAAUUGGUUUUUUGUGGUAAAGACAUAACCUGUAAUAUUCCUGUUGCUGCUAACCAAACAAUAUAUAAUUUUGUAGUAAGAAAUCAAACAGUCAGUUAUCAAUUAGAUUUAGCCAAGUUGAAAUAUGGGAAAUAUAGUGCCAAUGCUGUUAUAAAUGUUGGUUGGUGUCGCUCAAAUGCACAAGAUUUAAUACAUAGGGGUGACUAUCAUAGCACCACAAUUCAUGAUUUUGAGAUUGAUCAAUCAACAACAAAAGUUUUACUGGAUAUUAAUCUGGAAAAGUUAUUGCCAGAAGAAACAGGUAUAAAACUUGAAGGAAGUAUUAUUCUACCAGAAGAUUCAGAUACAAAAGAAAUUACUGCUGAAUCUUGCCUUUCAUUAGGCACCAAGCAACUUCAUUUAUGCAAAAGUAGUAAUUGUCUUGAAACACUACAUUCAAUAAACACGACUAUUAGAAAUCUUACAGUUAUAAAUAAUACAAUUCCAUACAGCAUGGAUUUACCCAAUUUGGAUCCAGGAACUUAUAUUAUUAGUGCAGUCCUGCAUGUUAGUAAGUGUCCAGAGAGUUCUCAAAUUAUGGUUUCUGGAGAUUACUAUAACGAUGUCAUAGAGGAUUAUGAAGUCACUUCAACCACAUCAGAAAUUGUUAAAGAUUUUAAAGUAAUCAAACUUAAUGACGUUAAAGGUGUGUUUGUAACCGGCAGAGUAAUAUUAUCAAAUGAAAAUCAAGUUCUUCCUCCUGAGACUUGCUUGACUGUUUCUUCUAGAAAACUUAUUCAGUGUAAAAAUGCUGCUUGCCAAGUUUCCCCUGUUGCAACCAAAACAUUUGUAAAUGUUAUUAAUAAUAAUGGCAUACCUUACUCAUUACAGCUUAUGUCUCAUACUCCAGGAAAAUAUAUUAUUAGUGCUGUGGUCAAUUUAGGGUGGUGUCGAAUUGAAAAUGGAACAGAUUGGAUUAAAGAAGGAGAUCUUUAUAAUGACAAAAUUCAUGAUUAUGAAAUAGACAAUAAAACUACUGUUGUUGGCAAGAAUAUUUAUGUUGUGCCUUUAGCAUCUGAACUUAAUCCAUCAGGACCUAUUCUUCAUGGAGAUAUAAUAUUGCCACAAAACGUUCAAAUAAAAAGCCAGUCAUGCUUGACAGUCAAAGCUCAAGAAAUGAAAUUGUGUUCUGGGGUCAUCGAUUGUGUACAACCUAUCACAGCAAAAGAAACAUUCUAUAAUGUAAAAGCGUCAUCCAAUCGAAUUUCAUACUCACUAGCACUCCAACAAAAUAUGUCAGGAAAUGUGAUAAUCAGUGCUGUUUUACAUAAUGGCUGGUGUAGGGAUGAUACUGUAACUCAGAAAGAAUGGAUUCGAAGUGGUGAUUAUCAUAGUGAAGACCUACAAGACUUUAUUUUACAAGAAAACCAAACUGAAAUUCAUAAAGAUAUUGAAGUUUAUCAAUAUUCAGAAACAAUGACUGGUCCCCCUCCAAAUACUAAUCAACCUACUUAUUAUGUCACAUCUGGGGUUUAUGGUUCUAAAGUGAGCACCCCUUUUGUUCUUAAUGAUACAACAGUAGCUGAUGAUGCUGUAAGUAGCAUUGAUGAACUCAAUGAAGCUCCUAAUCAAAUGAUAACUGAAAUUCCUAUUACACAGCCUGCUUCUCCAGCAUCAAACUCGACACAAUUUGGCGUAACAUCUGAAGAAGAUUUAAUAGAUCUCCCUGAAGGUCUUCCAAAAUCCUGUAAAGAUAUUCGUUCAAACGGGAUUGGGCAUAUGGACGGCCAAUACGUUAUUGAGCUUCGCAAGCAUUGUCACUUAAGCAUCAUUUGUCAAGACAUGAAUGAGCCGAUCCCACGUGAGUUUCUUGGUGGGGCAAGCGAAGAAGAAUGGAAAUAUUGGCAUUAUGCAAUUCUUAUUAGAAUAAAUGAAAAUGAUAAAAGGAACAUGCCUUCUGGAGCAUGUUUAGAAAAUUCUGAAAAUGGGAAAGAUUUGCUAAGAAGAAUAAAAACAGCUAGUGCAUCUCAAACGAAUCCAAUUGAAAAAUGGCGAUCAAGUAUUUCGAAUAUUUUAAGAAAUAGAUCACGUAGAAACGUUAGACAUUCAGGCAGCUCUGUCAUAACAAAAGCUAAGAUGCUAUAUAAAAUUGAAGAAAAUCCAAAAAUGAGAUCAAGUUGGGGAGUUUUAUAGUUUUUAUACAAGAUAUUGAAUACAAGAUUAAAAAAGUGCUUGUGAUUAGUAAGGAUAAGCCCAUUAUGCAAAGGAACUUUGCUCGAAUGAGGAUUACGAACAAAAUAUAUAAUGUAUUGAUGAAUAUAAGAAAGGGUAGAGCACAAUCACUACCACACCGACCAAUUAAAAAAAAAAGGUUUUUUAUUUUAGAUUUUUAUAUUGGUUGACUAAUUUUAUAACAAUAUAACGCAUUUCGCUUGAAACCUUUGGUGUUUGUGAAAUUUUCUUCGAUCCUCGAAAAUACUUAAUUAGCGUAAGGUGCUUUCAAAAACUGCUAUCAACAUGAAGAGACUUAGUAUCGCAUUUAUUAUUUUGCAACCUUGCUUAGAUUUGUUCCUUUUUUUUUUUUUUUUUUUGCCUUUUGAAAAUACGAACUGCUGAUAAUUCUCACGGCAACAUUUUUCGAAUUUGCUUUGUAUGUUUUAUUGUAUAUAUUUUUAUUUGCUUAAAGCUGUGUAUGCUUAAAAAAAAAGGGUUUUUUUUAAAUCAUA